AUGGAUGGCAAUCCGUUAACACCACGCGCUAGUAAUUUCAGUAUUGCUUCGUUGAUUACAUCAGAAUGUGGCGAUGACGAACAGGCUCUAUACCAUACAAUGACAAAUUCUGUUGAGCCAAACUUCAGCAUGAGUGCAUAUACAAACGAUUAUCAACAAGAUGUGAAAAAGAAAGAUGUCCGAGCAGUGAAUAAUAAACAAACAACAAAUCUCCAGAAAAGUUCAUUAACAACACGUCAUAUGGAAGAUUAUAUUCAAUCUGCAACAGAAAAGAUCAAGUCGACAUGUCAAUUCACUAGUGAUAGCAGAUCAAAUGAAACCGAAGAGAUUAAGAAACCAUUGCAUCCGAAAUUAGCCAAUGUUAAAAUGACUUUAGAAUCGAAAUCCCUUUGGGAUGAAUUUGACAAGCUCGGAACGGAAAUGAUCGUUACACGGUCAGGAAGACGAAUGUUUCCCGUUUUACAAGUGAAAAUUUCUGGUAUGGAUCCCUCGACGACAUAUUUGCUCAUGGUUGAUUUUGUGCCGUUAGACGACAAACGUUAUCGCUAUGCAUUUUAUAAUUCAAGUUGGGUGGUAGCUGGCAAAGCCGAUCCACAUUGUCCGGGUCGUUUCCAUGUGCAUCCUGAUUCUCCACAAGUUGGUUCCGCUUGGAUGAAAAACAUCAUUUCAUUUGAUAAACUUAAGUUAACGAACAAUCUACUGGAUGACAAUGGCCAUAUUAUUCUCAACUCCAUGCAUCGAUAUCAACCGCGAAUUCAUUGUGUUUAUUCACCAACAACGAAAUCUGAUGAAACGUUUCUCCAGCAAACACAAACAUUUCGAACGUUUACGUUUCCUGAAACGAUAUUUAUCAGUGUUACAGCGUAUCAAAACCAUCGAAUAACACAAUUAAAAAUAGCUUCCAAUCCGUUUGCGAAAGGUUUUCGUGAUUCGGAAGCAGAUGACAGGUAUCCAUCUGCAAGUCUUGACACACAGAACCCAUACAUCAAUGAGAAUAAACUUUGUUAUAGCAUAGCAGAUUCAUUGGCCGGAUUCAAUUCGAACCAACGUUUACUCCGUUCACAACAUCGAUCAGCAAGUACACAAGUGAAUGCGUUUAAUCCACCUAUGGACAUAUCAUCCCGUCUUAUUCCGGAUUCUCCGGACAUGAAUUUUCUUCCACCAACGCCUUAUUCACUAGUUAAUCAAGAUUUAACGAGUUACUCAAACGAUUCAUUUAUCUAUUCGCAAUUAUCUGAUUUAACACAUCGUACAGAACAUUAUCACACAGCACGAAUAAAUCCAUAUGCUCGACAAUCCUUUUAUCCGAUGUACACGCAACGUGAAAUUCACUCUCCUUCAUCCACAUCCCCAUCAACAGCAACAUAUCAUAGCUAA